AGACAUACAAAAUUCUCUAUAUAACCCAAGAGAGAUUCUACCGUUAUCUGAGUCUCUCUUACUCUUCAAUAGCAAUCAUGGCUGCCUCUGUUACUAGCAACAGGAGGCUGUCAAUGGCCAUGGAGAGAACCGGCCAAUGGGUUUUCUCUCAAGAAAUUCCUCCAGAUGUUGUAGUUGAAGUUGGUGAAGCAAAGUUUUCUCUUCAUAAGUUUAUGCUGGUGGCUAAGAGCAACUACAUAAGAAAACUGAUAAUGGAGUCAAAAGAACCUGAAUUAACGAGGAUCAAUCUCUCUGAAAUUCCCGGAGGCCCUGAGAUCUUUGAGAAAGCAGCCAAGUUUUGUUACAGUGUCAACUUCGAAAUCACAGUCCACAACGUUGCAGCUCUUCGUUGCGCUGCAGAGUACCUACAAAUGAACGAUAAAUACUGCGACAACAACCUCGCUGGCCGCACCGAAGAUUUCCUCUCGCAGGUCGCCUUUGCGAGCCUCUCCGGCGCCAUUGUUGUCUUCAAAUCUUGCGAGGAUCUUCUCCCCUUAGCCAAAAACCUCAAAAUUGUCCAAAGAUGCAUCGACUUUAUCAGUGCUAAGGCGUGUAAUGAGUCGAACUUUCCUAGUCGAUCACCGCCGAAUUGGUGGACAGAGGAGCUAUCGAUCUUGGACAUCGAUUUCUUCGGAAACAUCAUCAACGCAAUGAAACAACGUGGAGCGAAAUCGUUUACUCUAGCGAGCGCUCUGAUAACAUACACAGAGAGAUCACUACGAGAUCUAGUACGAGACCACUCUGGAAAUGGAACCAAGAUCUCGGAUCAAAGCAACCCUAAGCUCAGAAUCCAACAACGUGAGCUUCUGAACUCCAUCGUAUCUCUCUUACCCUCCGAAAAAGCGGCUUUCCCUAUCCACUUCCUCUGCUGCCUUCUCCGAUCCGCGAUUUUCCUCAAAGCUUCGAGCAGUUGCAAGAGCGAGCUCGAGAAUCGGAUCUCAGCGAUUCUGGAACAUGUGACCGUUGAUGACCUUCUGGUUUUGUCGUUUACCUACGACGGAGAGAGACUGUUUGACUUAGAUAGCGUUAGGAAAAUCGUCUCUGGUUUUGUAGAGAAAGAGAAAACUAUGGCAGUGUUUAGCGUCGGCGAUUUCAGAGAAACGUGUUCGAGUUCGAUGCACAGAGUGUCUAAGACCGUCGACGCAUAUCUAGGCGAAGUCGCAACCUACGGUGAACUCAGUAUCUCCAAGUUCAACGGCAUCGCUAAUCUCGUACCCAAAGGAGCUAGAAAAGCCGACGAUGAUCUUUAUCGUGCGGUCGAUAUUUAUCUAAAGGCGCAUCCAAACCUGGACGAGAUAGAGAGAGAGAAAGUGUGCAGCGUGAUGGACCCGCUGAAGCUAUCCUACGAAGCCAGAGUCCACGCCUCGCAGAACAAGCGGUUGCCUGUGCAGAUAGUUCUCCAUGCAUUAUACUACGAUCAGCUGAAGCUCAGGAGUGGCGUGGAGGAAAGUAACAACAGGACGCCAGAUAAUGCGAUAACAACGAGGAAGCAAUUGCAGGCUGACGUUUCACUGAUCAAAGAGAACGAGGCCUUGCGUACAGAGCUGUUGAAGAUGAAGAUGUACAUUUCGGACAUGCAGGUGAACAAGAACAAUAAUAAUGUUCAAGUUCCAGGGACAUCAUCAUCUACUUCCGCUACCAAGGUUAAUGGGUCCAGUACCAAAAAAACGUUCUUCUCCUCGGUUUCUAAGAAGCUGGGAAAGCUGAAUCCAUUCAAGAGUGGGUCUAAGGACACGUCUAAUAUUGAAGAUGCGGUGGAUAUUACCAAGCCUAGGAGGAGAAGAUUCUCCAUCUCUUAGUUGCAUCGUUUUACUUGUAGAUGCUCCCUCUGUACUUUGGGGUUGGGGGAGGAUCUACUAAACUUGUGUAAUAUAGUUUCCUUUCUUCCCCUGAACUUUUUGUUUUGUUUUUGAUUAUUUGCACUUUUUUUUCUUUUUAAUUUUUCUUCUUGGCUUGAUGUAUUUGUGUAGUUAAAUAAUACAAACAAUUGAAUUGGUUUGAUAUGCUUUCAA